AUGAUAUUAAUAAUCGGACAUCCAUUUCAACAACCGUUGAUAAAACGCCUACUGAUGCCGGAAAUUCAAUUGACGACAUGUUUAAUGGUCCUUUUUUAUUUGGAAACGAUGAUAUGAAUACUCGGAUACCCACUUCAGCAACCGUUGAUAAAACUCAUCCUUCUACGAUCAAUACCGAUGCCGGAAAUUCGAUCUACGAUUCGUUGAAUGAAAUAAUUCCAUGGGAUCAGCUUCCUUUGAAUGAUGAUAUUAAUCGGAUUUAUGGGACUCUUUUCGACGAAUCCUUUAUCAGUGAUUACCAUUUAUUCCAGGAUAUGAUUUGA